AUGCCCUCCCAGGGCAAGAGCUUCACCAACCACCCCGGGAUUAUCGACUUUAUGGGUUCCUCUUACUUCUUCUAUCACAACGGUGCCCUUGCCGGCGGAAGCGGUUACCAGCGUUCUGUCGCCGUCGAGAAGUUCAACUACAACGCCGAUGGCACCAUCCCAACAAUCCAAAUGACCACCGCCGGUCCCCCACAAGUUGGGACAUUGAACCCCUACGCUGUUGCCUUUGGAGCGGGUCCCAAAACCUUCCGAGCACGCGUGGCCUCAGCCAACAGCGGUGGCAAGGUUGAACUUCGCCUGGGUAGCAACUCGGGCACGUUAAUUGGAAGCUGUACGGUAGCCGGCACAGGCAGUUGGCAAACCUGGACUACCGUGGCAUGCCCAGUGAACGGGGCGACGAACACUCAAGAUCUGCUCCUUCGCUUUACCGGCAACGGCUCCGACAACCUCUUCAACUUCAAUUGGUGGCAGUUAAACUCUGCAUCGGGCAGUCCGCCAGAGGUGACCACCCCUGGCGUUCCUGCAACCACGACUCGGCCUCUGACCACGACCAGCAAUCCUUCGCCCCAAUGUGCGCAAUUAUAUGGAUAA